CUUUGGUCCUCACCAGUAUCGAAGAAAGUGUGUAAGCGAAGAAGUUUAGGAUUCUUCACUGACAGAACACAAUUGAAGACUUUGAUGUUGAAUACCAACAAAUAGUUCUUUAAGAAUCAGCAUACACGGGGCAAAAGCAUCAAAAUGCUACCCCUCGAGAGAACUUUCUCACCAUGGGACUACGUGGUAUUUGGUGUAAUGUUGGCCAUAUCUGCCGGGAUUGGCUUGUUCUAUGCGUUCACGGGUGGUAAACAGAAAACCCAAAAGGAGUACCUUAUGGCUAACAGAAACAUGUCAACCCUCCCCGUGGCUAUCUCCAUAUGCGUCUCAUUCCUCUCCGCUAUUUUGAUUUUGGGUACGCCGGCUGAGAUGUACAGGAGGGGGACGAUGUAUUGGCUGAACGCCUUCGGAAUCUGUAUCGCUAUUAUCUUCGCUGCUGUCUCAUUUGUACCACUGCUGUACCCUCUCAAACUUACAAGUUCGUACGAGUACCUCCAACUUAGGUUCAAGUCUCACGCAGCUAAACUAACCGGUACUCUAAUUUUGAUUGUGUCCCAGCUCCUUUAUAUGGGAAUCGUCCUGUUUUCUCCAUCAACAGCUCUAGAAGCAGUAACUGGUAUACCAACAUGGGUGACAGUAGUUGUAAAUGGAGCAGUUUCUACAUUCUAUACAUUUCUGGGAGGAAUGAAGGCUGUAGUUUGGACAGACGUCUUCCAGUUUGUAGUGAUGAUUGGCGGCUUACUCGCCAUUGUUAUAAAGGGCACAAUAGAAGUUGGUGGAAUCGAACGUGUCUGGGAGAUAAAUCAGCAGUCUGAUAGAAUCGAGUUCUUUGAUUUCAACACAGAUCCCACACAGCGACAUACAUUUUGGGGACUGAUCGUAGGAACCACUAUAGGAUGGCUGUCAACCUAUGGCGUCAACCAAGCAAGCGUCCAGCGUUACUCUUCCCUACCAAGCAAGAAUAAAGCGAGGGUUGCUAUCCUGCUAAAUAUACCUGGUAUCUUGUUCCUGAUCACCAUCUGCUGCGUGGCUGGUAUUGUCUGCUUCGCUUACUAUCAGGAUAAAGGAUGCGAUCCACUCAAAGCAGGAUUCGUUGAUAACUCGAACCAACUGAUUCCGUAUUUUGUAAUGGAAGUACUAGACUACCCAGGUUUACCAGGGCUUUUCAUAUCGUGUCUGUUCAGUGGUUCUCUAAGCACGAUGUCGUCCACCCUUAACGCCCUCUCUGCUAUCACAUGGGAAGACAUGCUCAAGUGGAAAUUCGACCAUAUUCCAGAGUCCCGGAAAACACUCAUCAACAAAUUAAUGGUGUUAAUAUACGGAGCUGCUGGUAUUGGUAUGGCCUUUUUAGCCCAAAACCUUGGAGGAACUGUGCUUCAGGCGUCUCUGAGUUUUACUGGAGCUGCAGGUGGUCCGUUGAUAGGUAUCUUCAUCCUUGGCGCAGUUUUUCCCUGGGCGAACUGGAUUGGUGUUGUAGUUGGUGGCCUCGUGGGACUAGCCUUACCUCUAUGGAUAAGCUUCGGUGCCUAUUUCAAGAAACCAUUCAGCCCCUUCAAGCCUACGACCAUAUUAAACUGCACCUAUAACAGCACCGUAAACAUGACGUAUCUGCAACUAGGACUGCCUGAUAUACCAGAUCCAACAGCCGGAUCUCCACUGACCGGUAUAGAUAGUCUGUACACAGUAUCAUAUCUGUGGUACCCAAGUAUAGGUGCUGCUACUGCUAUCAUCCUAGGCCUUAUUGUCAGCUGCCUCACAGGUUUUAUGUCGUCCGACGAGGUUGAUGCAAAGUACAUCAUGCCAAUAUUUGACUGGAUUUUUUGCUGUAUUCCACGGAAGAGCAAGAAUGUGUUACACUGUGGUCUAAACCAGGCUGACAGAGAUGAGGAAAUUGAGAAUUGGUUAAAAGGCAGAGAGGGUGAUGAGGCAGAUGUUUCUGGUGUUGAAAAUGGUGCGUUCGAGAGUGAAAAGUCGAUGAAAUUGGAACGCCUGCCAAGGACGCCGUCCACUACCUUUGACAGCAAUGGCAUUCCAGUAAUUGAAGACAUUUAUCACACUGUUGAAACCAAAAAUAAUAACUCUGUCCCAUAUCCUGAUUACAAUAAUAAAGGGAACUUCGAUCAAGGAGCAGUGUAUGCAACCAGUCUUGCAGUGAAUGGUGAUGAAAUGUAUCCCAGCGCAAAGAAACGAAAUAUUGCCAAUGAUGGCAGAGAGCAACUGCCAAACAAUGUGAAAAAAGGACGUGAAAGCGUUAUGAUAUGAUAUUGUAAUAAAGAAUCAUGGAAAUAAAUAGAACAAAAUAAUAUAACAUGGAAUAUAUA